CCAUGAACAUAAAGAGUUUUUCAAAGCCGAUUAGAAAAGCUAUUUAUCGUUGUAUCGUACAUAAAGAAAAAUCAUUAUUUAUCAUCGGCAUGUAAAUAUCAAUUUGAAAUUAUUAAAAAUAGAGAUAUACGAAGGGAAACAAUUCAAAUCACGACCAAUCGAAAAAGUCAAAUUCGAUAUUUCGACGCAUCAAUGAACAUGUAAUUCGUGCACGCAUGUAAACCAACCCCCGAUGUGCUGCCCCACAGCAAUGCGCCGACAAACUAAAUAAUCGACGUCAAAGCUGUCAAAUAUGGCGAGAGUAGCGAGCGUAAUUGACAUAUAAAAAUGUGAAUAUAAGGGCCAUCACAGUGAUUUGUGAUUUAAAAUAAACCCGCGUUUUGUUUUAUAAAACGUAUAAUGUAAGUUUGAAUAGUGUGUCAAAAGUGAGUGCGUGAGGAACUUGGCCUCGGCGUAUUUGUAGCCGAGGGAAUAUAAGGGCAUGGUAAUUGAGGAACUAUGGGUGCUCAACAAACUAAAGACAGAAUAAUUCCAGCCGGGUCUACCGUGCGACAAACGCGAAAGCAACCCAGAAAUUUGAAAGAGUCUCGUAUUAUAGGAUCUAACAUAUUUACUGAACACAGUGAGGCUUUAUUACAAAGUAGACCCCUACCUCACAUUCCAGCAUUGCCAGAGGGGGAUCCUCCUAGUAGUUCUAAUGUUCAACCAAUUUCACAACAAGCAAAUAUUCAACAACAUACUAGUGUAUCUACCAGUGGACUCCUUGAAGCUGCUAACAGGUGGACUAGCAAGGAGAAUCUUUUAACACAAGAAGAAGAUGAUCCACAAUUAUUUGUUGCAUUAUAUGAUUUUCAAGCAGGAGGAGAAAAUCAGCUUAGUUUGAAGAAAGGCGAACAAGUACGUAUUCUCAGUUAUAAUAAAAGUGGAGAGUGGUGUGAAGCACAUUCAAGUGCUGGUCAAGUAGGGUGGGUUCCAUCGAACUAUGUAACUCCCGUUAAUUCCUUGGAAAAGCAUUCUUGGUAUCAUGGAAGAAUAUCUAGAAAUGCUGCAGAAUAUCUUUUAAGUUCUGGCAUAAAUGGUAGUUUUCUUGUUCGUGAAUCAGAGAGCAGUCCAGGUCAACGUAGCAUUUCUUUAAGAUAUGAAGGACGAGUGUAUCAUUACAGAAUCAAUGAAGAUAGCGAAGGAAAGAUGUUUGUCACAACAGAAAGUAAAUUUAAUACGUUAGCUGAACUGGUUCACCAUCAUUCAAUGCUUGCUGAUGGUCUUAUUACGCAACUGCUUUAUCCUGCACCAAAGCAUAACAAGCCUACUGUGUUUCCACUUAGUCCAGAGCCAGAUGAAUGGGAAAUUAAUCGGACUGAUAUAGUAAUGAGGCAUAAAUUAGGUGGGGGACAGUAUGGUGAUGUAUAUGAAGCAGUUUGGAAGAGGUAUAAUAUGACAGUUGCUGUGAAGACAUUAAAGGAAGAUACUAUGGCACUUAAAGAUUUUCUGGAAGAAGCUGCAAUAAUGAAAGAAAUGAAACAUAGAAAUUUGGUACAAUUAUUAGGAGUUUGUACACGUGAACCACCAUUUUACAUUAUCACAGAAUUUAUGAGUAAAGGAAAUUUGUUAGAUUAUUUGCGUAACGAAAGCAAACAUCAAAUCAAUGCUGUUGUUCUCAUGCACAUGGCAACUCAAAUAGCAAGUGGUAUGAGUUAUUUAGAAAGCAGAAAUUUUAUUCACAGAGAUUUAGCGGCACGUAAUUGUUUGGUUGGAGAAAAUCAUUUAGUAAAAGUCGCAGAUUUUGGUUUAGCACGAUUAAUGAGAGAUGACACAUAUACAGCUCAUGCUGGUGCUAAAUUUCCUAUAAAAUGGACCGCCCCGGAAGGUUUAGCUUAUAAUAAAUUUUCUACAAAGUCUGAUGUGUGGGCAUUUGGAAUCUUAUUGUGGGAAAUUGCGACUUACGGCAUGUCUCCGUACCCUGGUGUGGAUUUGACAGAUGUUUAUCACAUGUUGGAAAAGGGUUAUAGGAUGGAAUGUCCACCUGGUUGUCCACCUAAGGUGUACGAGUUAAUGAGACAAUGUUGGCAAUGGUCAGCAAUAGAACGACCAACUUUCAAAGAAAUUCAUCAUUCAUUAGAAAAUAUGUUUCAAGAAUCUAGUAUUACAGAAGAAGUUGAAAAACAACUGCAAGGUGGAGGAGAAAUUCCAUUGCUUGCAUAUAAAAAAUCACAAACUGGUAGUACUGGAAACAUCCAUGGACUUGUACUUGUAUCUGAACAAAUGUCUUCCUCUGGUAUAGCACAAGAUGGUGCUAGUUCUGUAACUAAAUUAAGUACUUUUGUGGGUGGAUUAUCGAGUAAAAGUAACAGUAAUAUCGUACAAAUGAGACGUUCAACAAAUAAAAAAGGGAAACAAGCACCUGCACCUCCAAAACGAACGAGUCUAUUAUCAUCGUGCAGUUCAUUUCGCGAUUCGGCAUACCAGGAACAAGAUCAACAAAAUACCGAUGCUGCCACCAUAGCACUUGAUGAUGCCACAGAUCUAAAUGGUAUUGAUAAGAUUUUUGAAGGUAUCACACGAGAUCUUGUGACAAUGGCUACACAGUCAAUUACUACAGGAGGUUGCGAAGUGGACGACGAUGGAGAUGGGUCUCAGGGGACAGCAGAACCCAAUUUUGUUCCUCAACCAUCAACUUCGCCAGAACCUGUUUCCAACAUACCAUGCAAUCAGAAACAAAUUAAAACACGACCUUAUCCAUCUAAGGAAGUACUGCCUCAGAAGUUGGUACAUGUAGGUGCACUAGAGGUGCAAAAUGUUAAGAGGGCAAUUAACCGUUAUGGUACCCUACCUAAGGGUGCAAGAAUUGGCGCCUACCUAGAAAGUCUUCGGCAGAGCGGAAUGCCUUCUAAUCAAGAGAACAUUGCGACUACAUCGGCAAUAUCUACAGUUGUGGAACAACAUGAUGUUACAAGUAGUACGGAUACGCCGCAACAUCGUUCACUUUCUCCUCGUCAGAACAAUUUACGUAAUCAACCUCAAAUGACGCGCAGUAAUUCUUCCAGUGGUGUAGUAAAUACUUACCAACCACCAAAUUCACCACGCAGUCGGACAGUAGGGAUUAGAAAAAAUAAUACAGAAAAUAUUGGAUUAAGAACUUUCCGAGGUCCAAAUAAUACUGGUUUUAGAACAGCCAGUCCAUCAAGAUCCGUUCAACCAACGCUUGCUGAUCUUGAAUUUCCUCCACCUCCUAUAGACUUGCCACCACCGCCAGAUGAAAUUUUUAAUCCUGCAGAUCAGUGCGAUUUGCCUCCGCCUGUAACGGCCUCUCCAAAUAGUGAUAUUUCUCAUAUUAAAACAACCAAUUCACCAGUAAGUGUCAGAAAAUUAAAAGCAGAAUGGAAGAUAAAGGAUGAAGUAAAUGACGAUCAAGAUGAUAAGAACAACGACGUUAGAAAUGUAGAACCUUCUGUGAAAGAAGCUAGUUCUAGAUUUGGUGUAAACUUACGGCGCAGAGAAACUACUAGCGAAGUACAUUGUGCCGUAAAUAAAUGUUUGGAUGAUAAGAAAACAAUUCUUAAAACGAAAGAGGUAUCUAGUAACGUAAGACUAGAAUCAACGGAAUUAAUAUCAUCUCCGGAAGAAGCACCACCACCGCCUCCGCCUCCACCUCCACCUCCUGCUGCUGUUGGUAUCACAGAUACGUUUGAAUCUAAACCAGGGAUGAAGGAGAUGUUAGAGUUAAAAUUGGUUAAUGAAAUAAAACAAAGUGCUGAUAUGAAACACGGAGGAUCUGUAAAAAAAAGUGGAAUUGCAGGUAAUGUACCUUCGUUACCUCUUGAUCCUGCAUCUCAGUUAUUAUCAGAGUUAUGUGCCAGCUUUAGUAUGGAUACAAACAAACAUUCAGUACAAAAUGAGUAUGCCAUUUCUAAUCUGAAGAGCAAUGAUAGUUUUUCCAUUGCACAGGAUCAUCAUUUAAGUCUUGAUAAGCACAGUACACACAAAGAGAUUGAUGCAUCUUCACCUAUAACAGAGAGUGUAAUAAGCACUGGUAAUAUAGGUUUCAAAUUGAAGAAGGUAGAUAAGAGGAAUAAUCCACAAAAGGAAGAAACUGGAGAUAAUCAAAUAAUUGAUUUUAAGGCUAGAUUACGAAAGGUAGAUAAUGCAGAAAAAGAUAAAGUUGUGGAAGAUAAAACAAAACGGUUUGAUGAUAUUGGAAGUAGUAUCACAGAUUCUUCAGAAUUGGGUACAGAUGAUCAAGUUGAUGACAAACGUAGAAGUACUGGAAGUAUAAGUAGCCUAAAAAAAUUAUGGGAAAAUAAAGAAGCUUCUUGCGAUAAUCAGCCGCUCAGUCCUAAAUUAAGUGUUCGAGGUGUAAACAAGCCAGACAUAGUUGAUGCAGGUGAAGACUCACCAGAAGAUCAUAGUGGAGCAUCAACACGUAGUUCUACUAGUAAAGGAGACACAAGAGUAUGGCCUCCAACAUCAUCCACAGAUAUAGAAAAACCUGUUGUGCCAGCUAAGCCACUAAAACCAUUAGUUUCUUCAACUAAACAUUUUGGUUCCUCAAUAUAUGCUACACCAAAUUGCAAUAAAUCUACUUCACAGACAGAUGAAGAUGCAAAUAAACAAACUGCCGAAUCAAAAGGUGCAGUAAAACAUAGUGUAAUCGAAAUUUCGAAUGUUAUUGAAAAUAGUAUUUUGAAUCUUAGAGGUAGUCCAACUAUAAUUAUGGCUAGUUGGCUUCAACUAUCUGAUAAAGUUGGUUUGCUCCAUGGUAUGUGCAUAAGUCUUACAGAUACUGCAAUAGCACCACAUGCGAGGUUUCAGUUCCGUGAUUUACUCACUAGACUUGAGCUACAAGCACGACAACUAAGAGCAGCUGGAACAAGAAAUAUUGCAGAGAAUACAAGACUAUUAAGUGAGGUUCAAAAUACAAUAAAAGAUGUAAUAAAUACAGUGCAGAGAUAAAGUAUAUAUUGGUGGUGGAAAAUCAAAAAUAACAUUUUACACUCUCUUACAUUUCUGUUGAAAUUUUGAAUUAAUUUCUGUCACCAGUUUGAAUAUAUAUAAUAAAUAUACGUAAAUAUAUAUAUAUAUACAUAUAUAUGUAUAUAUAUACAUAUAUAUAUGCAUACAUAUGUGUGUAUAUAUACACACACACAUAUAUAUAUAUGCGCAUACAUAUAUACAUAUACAUGACAUAGCAUAUCUUAUUUUAAUCAAUGCAUCAAAAUAUUUUUAAUCAACAAAUUUCAAAUAAAAAUAUUUCCUUGUAUUGACUCAUUAAAAAAAUGAGAUAUCCUUAUGUACAACGUAUACGUAUAUGUGUAUAUAUAUAUGAAUCAUAAAUCAUACAUGCAUACAUAUAUACAUAAGUAUAGAUAUAUAUCUAAGUCACUAGUAAGGUCUAAGAACAAUGUUUUAAUCAUAAUAAUUAUGCUUAAAAUAAUAUCAAGUAAUGAAUGUGAAUGAAAGUAAGGGUUGUUGAGUUAUGGUUGUAUGUUUAUGCUAUUACAAACAUUUUGUGCGGUUGAAGCAUAAUAAGAAAGUAUACUACAAAUAUUUCUUUAAUAUGUUUUUCUGAAGAGAAUGAUUUGCAAGAUUCAUAAUUUUACGUUUGCACAUAUUUACACCUAAAUAAUAUCGAUUUUGGUGUCAAAAGUAUUGAAUAUUAUUAUCUAUGAUCAUGUGUAGGUUUUGCAAUAUAAGCCUUGAUAAAAGAUAUUCAUUUUGCAUGAUUACAUUUUUAUAUAAAGAGACGUAUGAUCUAAAAUAUGAUAGUAUAUGUGAUGAUCAUAGUAACAAUAUGAAUAGUUUAUCACAGUUUUAAUAAUAACUGAAGUACCAGUGGUGCAUAUAAAUGUAAUGUGAAUGAUUGCCAUUACAAAAUGUAGACACUUUCUUAAGCUGCUUAUGUAUCGUAAAUCAUUUCAUUUACAUGUAAUUUUAUACACAUCAUUGCUUAGUACAUUUAUGCGAAGUUGUAGGUCACAUUAUAAAUACAAACUAUAAUGUUAAGAUAUCUUACAUGUACUGUGGGACAAUAUAACAAUUUUGUAUUUGUAUAGCAUAAGUUGAAUAACAACUGUACUAAGUAUCGUAUGCCUACAUAAAUUAUCCAGAAUGAGAAAAUUGAAUGUAAUUAAUCAAAUUCUUAAGUGUCGUGUGCUUUGUUUAAUCAUGGAUAUAUGGAAAUGUUCUUCCAAAGGCACAGCAGUAAAGGAAUAUGUUUGGAAAUUUUCAUAAAAAUAUCGGCGCAUUGACUCUUUACUCUUGCACAUAUUUUUUAUACAAAUUUCUAUCGGACCAGUAGGUUCACAUUCAGAAUAAUUUUUCUCCAAAAUGUGUAAUAGACUCAUAAUUUUUAAUUUUUAAUCAUUGUAUUAAUACAAUUGGAACUUAUAAAAAGCAAAUUUCUCACUUUAUUGUAAAGUUCAAAAUUUUUUAAUAUAUUUAAUUUAUAAAUUAUAAUAUAUAUAAUCUUAAAUACUCAAAAGUUAUAACAAUAAUUAUCAAUAUAAAUAUAAUCAAUUUAAUUGAUUACUCUGCCAAUAUUGUUACUUAUUCUGUUGUUAAAUCUACAAUAUUUUUUAUUUAUUUUAUGGGAAUUUUUGAACUUAUACUUUAUUAAAUCUGUGCUUGAAACUAAGUAGAAUGCAAUACAAACAGAAGUAAUAGUGACCAAUGAAAUGUGUCUUAUGACACUGCCUAUUAGUACAUUCAAUAUAUUAACAUUAAUAGCAUACAAUGUAAUUUUGGAUGAAUUACUCAUUUUCUUUAAAUCAUUUGUACCUGUGAUAAGCUAAACCAUUAUUUUAUUAUUUGUAUUAAUUGAGAAACUGAAUUCAAGAAAAAAGAUAAUUACACAAAUGAAUUUUAGCUGAUGGAUAUUCAUUUAGAAAUUAUUAUUAUUAAAAGUGACACGAAAGUCCUUGUUUUAUAUAAUAUGUAUUAUAGUAGUUUUAUGUCUAUUUAUACUUGUAUUUAUUUUUUAUUUUUUGAUGUAAAAUUACAUUUCUAAAGACCAAUGUACUGAUUCACUAAUACAAAAUUUUAAUAUUGCUUUAUACAUUCAUAUAAGAUCGAAAAUGAAAAUAAAAAUAAUUAUGGAACUAAAAUGCUUUUUAAAUCAAUAACAAGCAUCAUAGAAUAAUAAAGCACAAUGUCAUAUUUUAUAAAAUUUCUUAUGUAUAAUGCGAACACUUUCUUAAUGUUAUUAUACAAUAUAUACAACUUAUAAAAGACA